CCUACCUAUUUGUUAUUGUUUUGCUGACGAUUAUUACCGUAAUUUACGUAAAUUACAAUUUCUGUGUCUGCAAGAUGAGUGCUGCUGUGACAAUGGAAGUUCCAAUAACGCGUUCGGCAACUCAAAAACGCGUUUGAUUUGUUAACAAUCGCGAUGUUUUUAGAUAUUUGUGUAUCAACAAAACAUAAAUGAAAUGUUACCCGUAGUGAUGUAUAAUAUGGAAGGGGGUUCUAAUUCGAUGAAUAGUUUUAACUCGAUAUACGAUGAUAGUGUGAUAUUGAACGGUGUUAGGAAUAGGAAAAAAGUGUCGGAGUUGCCUAAUUGUCCUGUGUGCAGCUGUACGAUACGACAGGGUGAAUUGGAUAGUCAUUUGUCGUUAGAAGUAGAACGUUUGCAGAAGUUAUCUAAUGCUUCUAAACGGAAACUAAGUUCAAAUAGUCCUAGUGCGCCGGUACCAGGCUCGAGUACUAGUGUCGAUAAUCCUAGUGAGGAGGAUGUCGAUGUUUCUGGCUGUCUUGGUAGUGAUGUGUAUCAGCGGGUACACACCAACCGUCUACGUCGUCUCCGUUCCCGCAGACGCUCCCCGCAGCCCCAACAAGGCGAGUGUCCGAUAUGCAACGCUACGUUCCCUGCGUCGAGGCUGCACAGGCAUGCGUUGAGAUGUCUGAAGCGGACUGGCGCGGAGAUGGACGAGGAUGUGCCGGACACAAGUUCGGAGGAGGGCAGUAUUGAUGUUGAGAACGAUGAGCCGAGCGGUUUCGGCGCCGAGUACCAAUGGUGCGGUGAGUGGCGUGUGCGAGCCGCUGCAUUGCAGCCGGCCGACGUACGGCCCGGCACUAGCGUGCGACGAGCGUCUACGGACCGCGCGCUCGUGGUUGACCACGACGAAGACACAGAACUAUACGGGCCACCACAGUAUUCCCCCUCUCGUAUAGCACCCGAUACGGAAGAUCAAGCAGAAGAGUCAAAUGACAACGAAGAAGAGAAUGAAAGAGAAGAAGUGGAGAAGAGUCACAUGCCAAAUGGUUUAGUGGAAGCUAGCGCAGAGACAAGAAUACAAGCGUUGAAAGCGAAAAUCAAAGAUUUGGAGAAGAAACAAAACACUGCGUUAGAGGCAAAAUGUCUAAUUUGUCUCGGACCUUAUACGUCGCCGGCUGUAUCGAUACAAUGUUGGCAUGUGUACUGUGAAGUAUGUUGGUUGCAAUCGCUUCGUGCUAAGAAAAUCUGUCCUCAAUGUAACGCCAUAACUACAGCCGAUCAUUUACGACGAAUUUAUAUGUAAAUUCGUUGAAAAAUCUUACUAAAAAAUUAAAAAUUCAUUAUAAUUUGAAAAAAAAGACAGAUCAAUUGCAUUUUUUGGCGUAAUGUCUGUAAAUUUCUUGAAUAAACUAAUUAAUUAUCACUUAUAAUACCACAAGAGCUUCAAAAUUAUCGGGUAUUUUCCGAUAGGUUCGUUGCAAACAAAUGAAGGAGUCAAGUUUUUAGUCAAGGUUAAAAAAUCACGAGCGCGAAGCGCGAGUGAUUUUUCCUGAAAAACUUGACGACUUUAUUUGUUUGCAGGGAACCUUGAGGGAAAUGCCAGAUAAUUUUGAAGCUCGUGUGGUAUUCGGGGGAUUAUUUUU